CUUAAUCCGUCUGAACAACUUGACUCUGGUGCGUAAUUUAAAAGACUUUGCAGGAGUCCCGUCUGUCACAACUACUCUGGAUUUUACUCUGAGAAGACUCGAGCUACAGAUCUUUCAACACAAAAUGGAUGUGAAGUUGCUGGCAGUCGUGGCUGCGCUCACAAUGGUGAUAUAUGCGCCUCCGUCACAAGCAAAACCCAUCAGCCUGGUGGAGCGAUGCUACUGUCGUUCCACCAUUAACAACGUCCCACGGGGGUAUAUCCGAGAGCUUAGGUUCAUCCACACACCUAACUGCCCAUUCCAAGUGAUUGCCAAGCUGAAGACAAACAAAGAGGUGUGUGUGAACCCGGAGAUUCGGUGGCUGCAGCAGUACCUGUUGAAUGCUAUCAACAAGAUGAAGAAAUCCAGACAGGCCAACUAAAAAGCCUGCAGAAAUCCUCCUGAGCCAUCACUGAGGAUUUGGACCGCCGUCACUGAUAUGUGGCCUGAGAUCGUCUGGUAUGUUGAACAGCACUUAUCCCCACUACUCUGCUGCUGCCUUUUGCAUGGAGAGAACCUUCAACGCGUCACCCUGAACAUCGGCCCAUCCGUCCUACCGCUGUCUCCACCAUCACCACUGCCACCACUUAUUACAAAUAUUAUUACUACAAAGGGCUAUUAUAUCUCUAAGUGUAUGUUUUUUUCACAACUCUUCUUAAAUUUGUCCUUUUUGUUUAUGGACUUAAACAGUAAAGAUAUAUUGAUAAUCUCGUCAACCUUCUGGCCUUUCUGUCAAGACGAAAGCGCAAAGAAUUUGAGGUCGAAUAGUCAAAAUGGAAGAGGUGUGUGUCUGCACCACGCCUGACUUAGCAUCCACUUUUUAAGAAUGAGACUUUGCGCUGCUGAGCCAGAAUCUGCUUGUCCUUGUCGUUCAGGUUUUUCACAAAAUGUUAAUCAAAGAUUGGUUUCUUCUUUUAAAAAACAACUUAAGCUCAAGCCACUUGGCACCAAGGAAUUUCUCCGGGUGCCAGCUACCCCAGACUGAACGUAAGAUGUGCACAAGAUCCCAAUAAAAAUGCCAAUUAUAACAUUUUGUGAUGGAAACAGGGAUGCCAAAGAGCUUAAGCAUUUCCUGAGUUUAGCUGUGGCUACGAUUAUGUGACCCGGGAUUACAAGUGGGGCUUUUUUAAAGUCCUUGCGCAAAGCUAAACAUCUGGUUUCCAAAACUUUUUAAUUUAACAACGGAUCAUUUCAAAUUUACUGGAAGAAUACAUCAGUGAAAGGGAAGAAUAAAUUAUGAUACUGAACAAUUAUGGCUGACAAACUUGAAAUCAGUUUCACUUGAUUGAAAGCACAUUCAGAAUAAGGGUGCAUUACAAUUUGGGUAAAUGCUUCCACAUCAACAAUGAACACACAGUGUAACACUGUUCGCUGCAGAUAAAGCAGUGCCUAAACUGACAAUGAAAAGAUGCAUAUGGAUGUGACUACCUACAACUGUCAUGCAGAUAGUAAUGCACUUUAUAUCUGAUGUAUUCAUGUCAUAACAGCAAAUUAUUCACUAACUCUGAUCAUUAUUGUUUUUCUUUUGUUGUUCUUUUUGUGUGUAUAAUUGUUCUGUUUCUGUGCUCUUUCCUCUUAGUGAUCACUGAAUCUGUAGCUGCAGUUAACUGUUUAAAUUUGGAAAUCUUUACAUGAAUGUUUUUAACUCUCCGUCUCAUAUGUAAAAUUAAUGCUAUACAAAUGUUUUAUUUUUGUACUCUUCUGCAUUUAUAUAUUAAAUCCAAACAUUUAUAUGAAGGAACUUUAAUCUCACAACUGAGCCAUCAAUUUUCUUUUUUUGUGAAAUUUUAUUUUCAAGAAAUGAGUAAAAGAAAAUAUUCAAAAGCAGUUUUAAAAUGUGCUUUCCUGUAUACAGUAUGAGCUUUUAUUAUCGUGCAUAACCAAGCUUUUACUCUGAUAAAUUCAUAUACGCAGCUCUAUUAAGUGCCUCCUUAUAAUGAGAGCAAACCAGGGUUUGCCACGACCGACAUGCAGCUGCUGUAAUCUUACAGUGCCAGCGGGUCAGAGGGUAAAUGUAAAACUUUCAUGUGAGAACAUGUGUUUGGCUUCACUCACAGGGGCAAAUUAAAGGCAAGGACAAUGAUCCUGCCUGCUAUUUAACUAUUAACUCAACAAGCAGCCAUUAGGAAAACAUUAGAGCUAAAAGGGAUGAACUUUUAACUUCUCUCAGAGCAUUAUGGGAGGCGGAUCGUUGUGGUGAAGAGAUUGAAACAUCAGAGAGAGAUCAAGGGAUGUGAGUGGCAGCCCAGUUUGCAAUUGAUAAGCCUUGAAAUCCAGUUGAAAGUGCGCCCAGUAGGACAGUAGCUCUGGCCUUAAAGUAGAGAAUGGAAAAUUAUUGGAUGUCAUCAUUGCAUUAAGAGACAGCAAAAAUUGAUUUCACCGCAAGAAUCUGCUUGAUAGAAACUUUAAAACGUAGAGUUGACAGCUUGUGUUUUUCUUUAUUCAUCUAUAGAGUGAAUAGAUACUCAUAUUUUACAUUUGUAUUCCAUAAGUGAACCAUUAAAACAUAUUUGUUCACUGACUACUUCAAUUAAACGUUUUAAGACAAAGAACUGUCGUUUGCCUCACGUCAUCAGUGUCUGGGUUUAUCUUGUAUGACUGCAUUAGUGCUGACUGAUCUGUGUGGGCUGUAGAGCAACAUGAACAAAAAGGGAAUUUUGAUGGUUAGCAGCUCUUUGUAAUAGUUGAUAAUAACUGUGUUUUCUUGGGUCUUGUGCCAACGCCCACCAGUUAAAAUAUGCAGGUGUUGUAAAUGGUUUCAUGCAGUGUGGAGUAAAAAAAAAGAAGGGUGUGUAAAAGGUUUAACUUGACUUUUUAUAUGCACAUUACAUAUAGUUGCAAAUGGAAAAUGUGGAGGCAGGGUGCAAAAAAAAGUUUAGAGUAUCACACAAAGCUUGUAAAGUUAAAUCAUUCAUAUGAAGUGUUUCAGAAAAACAAAACAGUAAACAAGAGACUAUAGAUGGUGAGCGAGAUGUGUUGAUCAAGCAUUAAUGUAUCUGCACGUGAAGCUUACUGAAGGGGAACAGAACACCCUGAUCAGAAGAAUAAUUGGUAGAUAAACAUCACUGAUCCUCCCGACAGCCAUGUCCGUACUUGAGCUGAGUUGGGCAACGAGCCCAAAAAAACACACAGGAGAUCACACUUUGUCUUUUUCACAUAUCCAUCACCAAACGUGCACGUACUCCAGACAUAAUCAGUUGUGACCUGCCACAACAUUAAAUAUUUUGACCCAGAAAGAAUAAAGUGUCCCAAUGCUGACAAUACACUGAGGAAUAAAAAGACAAAAAAAUAAUUUCAUUACCUUCAUAUGAGCCAACGUAUUAAAGGUUUGCUCAAUAGCUGAGAAAUGUACAAAGGAGGAAAAUUCAUAUGAAAUUCAUACUAGGCAUUGCCUGCAAAUUUCUUUGGGGGGUUGGAGUCCCACCACAUUGUUAGAGGAAAAGCUGACAUCCUGACAGAUGAAUAAUGACGUGUCACGUGAUGUGAAAAUAAUGACAGAAUUGAGGGACGUGCUGAGUGCUUGUACAUGUUCUCUCCAUCUUUAGCUGUAAGGGCUCCCAGAUGUGCAGCCAAAGAAACUCCACUUGGUGGUUAUUCAUCAUAGCUGUAAAGAAUGAAAACGUAAAAUAGCCCGUACAUGUGUGCGAGAGGUCACAGAAACCCACUGAAGCCCACAGAACAUUACUCCUCCUGCUCAUACCUUUUUUAAUAACAUUUAUACAUGUAAACAUGUAUACUAUUUAAUGUGUAUUUGCAUUAUUACAUAUGAACUUUAAGUGACCAUGAUAUCACUACCUAACUCAAGAUAUUAACUUUACUUUUCUUAUUACGUUCGACAAUUAAAAAGCUGUUCUAGUUCUCUUUCACCACCUAAACAAUCAAAGGAAGCUGAAAAACCCCAGAAUAGUGUUUUAAUAAAUCAAAGAGACUAUUUCAUUUCUGGGAUUUCUCAAAAGAGAACUAAAGGGAAUAACUCAAUGAAAAUAUUGUGAAAUGUUUAAAUACAUGCAGUUUGGGGACAUGAGUGGAUUCAUAUCUGCUGUUCUUUUGUAAUUUACUCCACUGAAAGUCUAAUGUUCCUGCUUUCACUCUGCGAAAAUACUCUUGUUUUACGUCUUUUGGUCCAAUUCCCUCGCCAUAGAAACCGUGAUAAAUUGGCAGAAAAGAGCACAUUCAUAAAACUAUGUGUUGCAUAGAUGUUGGCAGUAUCUUUCUGUCUCUUUGGUGUCUUGUGAACUUUUUCUUCAGGGAGAAAUUCAUGGUCUUGCGUUUACUUUUGAUUUUUGGAAAAGAAAUCUGUGACACUUUGUGUUUCACCCCUCCCUCCAAUUAGCUAAAAGCACAAGGUCAGCUACUGAGGGGCAGACACUUGGCUGUCAUGUGCGAUUGAUCUUUGGUGUUACUCUAGCUCAAAGUGUCUCUCCACAGUUCUUUCACACCAUGCUUUAGACGUGGAAAAGGUGAAAUACAGAGUCAUGAGAAAAGUGUCAUUUAAACGUAAAGAUGAAACCAGUAUAGCUCUGUGUGCGAUCUGAGUUCUCUGUAUAUUAUUCCACAUCUGAGGUCCAUUUGAAAAAAAUACUUCUAUAAUCGCUUGAAUUAUUUUUUGGGGUUCCAUCUACUUUGAGUCAAUAAACUG